AAGACGUGAAAAAUGAAUCUCCCGACAAAAAUUCUUCUAUUUUUUGUCAUUAUUUACCACUCAAAUGCCUUUUUUGUCUUCGAAUCCGGCAAAAAUUACCUUUUCCAUUACAAAUCCGACACAAGCGGGACUAAAAACUGGAUGACUUUGAACCAAACUAUCGAAUCUGAUGUCGAAAUUCGUAAAAUCCACAACGACACACUCUUGGUACAGCUUAAAAACGUUAAAAUCCUCGAUGAAAUCAACAAACCCACAUCUGAUGAGAUCGCCGAGAUGUCAAAUCCCUUCUUUGUAGUCCUAAAUGACACAAAUUCCUUCAAAAAAUUCCUCACAAAGGACAAAACAUUCGUUUAUUGUCUCAAAAUCCAAUAUCGCGUCGUUGAAACGUUGCUCUCUGACAUGUCGCGCUUCACAAAACUCGCAAAAAUGGAAGAAACAAAAACAGUCAACGUUGAAAACAUGGCAUUCGGAAGUUGUUUGGCACGAUUGAAGGUUGUACAAGGCAAAAAUGAGACAAAAAUAGGGGUAAAAGCGGAAUAUAAGGAUUGUCAAGACGAUGGAAAGGUAAAUUUGGGUCAAAUUUUCGACUUGUCACCAAAUAGCACGACAGCAGCGAUUGUAACUGUGACAAAAAAGUCAAAAGUGAGGAAGUUUAAUACGUUGUCUGACAUGAUGACGUACAAUAUGGGAGGUAUGCAUUUGAAAAUCAGAGCUGCGAUGACCUAUAAAGGCAAAAAUUUGGUAGAAACGGAUUCUUUCGAACGAUUUGAGGACUUUUCGACAAUUUAUACGAAGGAAGAGUUGGAAGGAUUCGUCAAACGCAUCGAUUAGUGAACAAAAAAUGAAUAAAAAUUGACUUACGUUCAAGUGUAGGGG